CCUCGGUUGAGUCCACGUGUCCUGCCGGACAACAUUGCAAUUCCAGCCCUCGGCGAAGGACGCCCUCAUGGUGGACUAUCAAGGCCAGAAGCUCGCGGAUCAACUGAUGCAACUAAUCUUUGCCGUCAUCUGCAUCCCAGCGUGGUUGUACGGAUGGACGCAAGAUGAUUUCGUGUACCCUCUGUACGCAUGCGGCGGGGCGCUCGCUCUCGCUACCGCCGUCGUUGUACCCAACUGGCCAAUUUACAACCGCCAUCCCGUCCAGUGGCGAUCGAAUUUGAAGAAGGCGAAGGACGACUAAGACAAGUAACUUAACGAGCACCCUGACGCAACUGCGUAGUGUUGCUACCAUGAGUCCUAUUCAUUCGCACACUUACAAGUGGGCUUACCUCGUUGAUCCCAUCUAUCUGAAACAUGCACCUGUCGUGUGUCCUUGUUGCCUCGAAACUUGAAUCACGAAUAUCGUGGACGCUAAGGCGGUGCAAAGAUUGAAAGAGUGG